CCGCCUUCAAUACCAUGAUCAUCAGAACUUGAUAUCUAGACGUCUGGAGCUGAGCUGGCAAACCACUCCGCUUCUUCAUCGUCCGCCAUUGCUCCUCUCAAUUGGAUUUCACACAGAGCUACCCAAUUUGGAUAUCGCACUCCUUUACCAGUUAACCAUUCCCAUCCGGCAUCCGGCCGUCCAGGAGAGCAGAGAGUGUUCACCUACCCAGACGAAUCGCAUGAUGAUCCCCGCGACCAUUCACCGAACGCUGGAUCCAAGACCCUGAUCAUACACUGAGUGGAAGGCUAUGAGUUGAGAUUGCGCUCGAAAAAGUUAUCUCCCACAUUACUGCGCUUCAAUAGGGGAUGGAACGACCAAAUGGCUAUCCUAGACCUCCAGGUCCUCCAGGUCCAGGUCCUCCAGGUCCAGGUCCUCCAGGUCCAGGUCCUCCAGGUCCUCGAGGCCAACAGAAGGGCCCUCCUCCGGGUUGGUCACCGUCAGAGGGACGCCCACGAGCUCCAAUGACGCGGGCACAGCGGUUUGAAGAUGAGAAACGACGGUUAAUUGAGAGUUGCUUUUCCAAGUUGAACAAUAUGGGAGCCCCCGUCGAAUCAUAUAUCACGCAUGUCCGAGUUGAAGAAGACGGCCAAUAUCCCCAAUCACCCCCCGCCCCAGACUCCCUCCCUAGCAACAAGAAGGCCCGUAUAAUUGUCGUUGGGGUAAAAGACUCGGGGCGGGUAAGGCUACACAAGACGAGGGAGAAUGCUAACGGGAGCUUCUCGAUUGGGAAGACCUGGCCAUUGGAAGAGUUCACGAAAGUCGAAUCGUUUUCAAGCAGCAACCCGACCGAUCCGGAGGGUAUCCAACGGAAACAAUGGGCGGGCGACCGGGGGUUUAUUGUCACCAUAGGAAAGCCAUAUUAUUGGGCAGCCGGCACGGCGAAAGAGAAGGAAUUUUUCAUUGCCAGUCUGGUGAAAAUUUACAAGAAGUAUACCGAGGGUAAAAUCCCAGAACUGGUUGGGUUCACACCGCAGGAGGCUGAGCAAUUGAAGGGGCCGCCUCUGCGACCCCCAGGUCAACCGGGCCCGCAUCCUCCACCUGGUCCGCAGCCGCAAGGUCACCCUUCCCCUCCAUAUAAGAACCCGUUGCAAAGUCCGCCUAUGCAAGGUGGCCUCCGCGCUGUCCCACCACAGCGGGACCCCUCUCAGGAUUCAUCCCAGUAUCCUCCUUCAUCGGCUGGGGCAGGAUCCCGCGCGGGACACAGAAGGUCACCAUCAUCUCAACGCGACGGCCCCACGCCAGGUCUAUCACCCCGCCCGCGAGAACCAUCACGGGAACCGCGGCCUCCACCAUCGCGAGAUGGAGGGUUGCGGAAGUACGCUAGUCAGGAGCCCGUCAUGGGACGAAAUCAAACGCCAUCGUCCUCGCGCCUCACACCGGAGUCUUCUAGAUCCGAGUUGACGUCGCAUCGAUCAACGACACCGGAACCGCUAGAUAUACCCCCCGCGUUGCUUCCACGACAAAGCCCACGAAAUCAGAGAUCGUACCAGAAUGCCCGAGAAGCAUUUACUGGUAACCAACGACCGGGUGAAGGUCUUGGUAUCAGCAGCAGCCCGGACAGGCCAAGGGCGACUCCACCGGUACCGCGUGAUCGAACCGGAUCGAGACCGUCGACGGCCUCAACAAUGGACAAACCGUUCCGAGAACCCUUCCGAGACGAGCCUCCAGAACGCAAACGACCGCCUUUACGAAACCGCGAGGGUAGCGAAACCCGUUCAAUCGCUCCAGAUGAGCGCGUUGCGGAGUCUCCUGCGCCACUUUUCAGUUCGAAUCGCAGACAAGGCAUACAGCUUCCUGCGUCCAGUUCUGAUAGCAAGCUUUUGAAGGGCCAGAUGGAGAAACCACCUGGUAGCUCCGAUCCCUCCCUGGGUGAAUCUGCGCGAAGUGAACCAUCCCUCGAAGAAACGAAGUCUCAGGACAGCUCGCAAAACAAGGGACCCUCUCCAGAGAAGGUGGUGUCUCCGAAACCCGUCAUUUCACCGGAACCUAAACCUGUCGUUUCGCCCCCCUCCGACCAAGAAGAGCGCCCUGGGCUAGGGCAGAUGGUCAAGAAAAAGUCCGGCAAAGAUGUUGCCAACGCCUUUAGGAAAGCUGCCACUACAUAUGGGGCAUUCAAGCCUAGAGCAGGUGGAGCACUGGACAAACUUAAAGCGGCCCAGAGCAAAUCGAAUGAGCCAGAUGGCAUUAAUGCUGUUGUUCCCGCGCCACCGAAACCCAAGCAGAACGACGAAUCUGUUUCACCCAAAGCAGCUAGGAAGCCUAGCGGAGAUCUCUCUACCAAGGCGGCUGUGCCAACGGACAGUGUCCCUCAGCUGACCGUCUCCAGCCCCAUGUCCCGCCGCCAAGCCAUCGUUGAUCAGAAUGCAGAGAGCUCACUAUCAAAACGCAAUGCUGAGAAGCUAAACGCGAACGUUGUGGAGAUUGAAGCGGCGCGAAAGCAGCGGCGGCGCUCGCAAUAUCAGACGAAAUGCCUCUCAAAGCUUGGAGUCGAUGCAUCGAUUUUCGAAGGAAGGGGCAUCGAUUUUGAAACGGCGCUGGACGAUUUUGGAUGGGGCACGAGCAUGUUUCAACGUCCCAAGAUUGAGGUUUUCGAAGUCGACGUACGGCGAGCGCUUGGACGACUUGAAGCAGGAAGCUUGCUUGGAGACUUUGAGUCGAAUCGAGAUCGGGUUGAUGUAGUUGAAACCUUGUUCGAUCGUGCACUGGCCGAGUGCGACGAAUUCGAGGGCUUGUUGACACUGUAUGGUGUUGAGCUGAGUAGCUUGAACGAGGAUAUUGCAUACAUUGAAGCCCAAUCCCAAGGUCUUCAAGUGCAAACCGCCAACCAGAAGUUGCUUCAAGGCGAGCUGCAAAAUCUCCUAGCGACCAUCUCCGUCGAUACGCAACAUCUCAAAUCGCUCAAGAGUGGCUCCAUCAAGAAUCCCGAGAGUCUCAUGGAGAUCGAGAAUGCACUUGCCCUACUCUAUAAGGCCAUGAUCACGAUCGACCCAAGCUUACGAAGCGGUUCAGAAGGCAACGGCCUUGGAUCAGGCCGUGAUGAGCUGUCUAAUAUGCGUGCUCUGAUGGAGCGCAAAGACACCUAUUUAAGCCAAUGUACCCUGUUCAUUGCGCGACUGAAGCAGCACAUGGACAUCACUUUUGGCGCUGCACUCAUGGCAACCGAGGACGCGAUCAACACUGCGAAAGGAUACAAAAACGCAACACGCCUUGACCCGGCCCUCCACGAUGUUGGGCGGACUGAUCUUUGGAAAUAUAGCCCGCUGAUGCUUUUCGUCAAGGAAAUUGAUUACACAUCAUGGGAAGGGCUACUGCGCGUGUACCACACGCGUGCACGCAAGACCUACCACGACGAAUGCCGCGAGAAUCUCGAGGCGUGGAAAAAGUCGACCAGAAAGCCAACUGGAGACGAGGCCGACCUACUUUUCACUUCGCAGGAGAAAGAAAACGAGGGCCUCUCGAGUACUGCACGGAAACUCACUGUCAAGCGUAGUCAAACUCUGGCGCGGACUCUGCGCGCUGGGGGAGGAGAAAAGCAAUCACCCACGGAACGAUCACAAUCGGGCAGUUUGCAUGCGUUCGAAAGUUUCGCCGGCUUCCUCGAUCAAGUCGCUCCACUGGUAUUCACGGAGCAAAACUUCGUGGUCGACUUCUUUCACGCAUCGUCGUCGGAGAGGCUGGAUUACGCCGAAGCAAUUGCUGUGGCGCCACCAGACGAGCGGAGAGGGACGAACCUCCAUUCACGCAAAGUUUUCGAACCCGACCGAGCGAUGGCAAAGAGGGUAACGAUUGUUAUGGAAGAGAUAUUCUCGUUCUGGCCGAAUGACCUGCAGCGGCUAGUGGACUGGGCGGUAAGUCAAGAUCCGCUGCAAGGUAUCGGCGUUCUCUGCGCCAUUGAACGGAAGAUGCUGGAGCUGGAGGAGACGAACCAGGACUUCUUGAUCAAGACGCUGCAGAAGAACCACGACAAGUUAACCGGGCAGUUCGCGAAAUUCGUGGAGGAUCAGAUCCGCGCCAUCGAAGACACGAAGGUCAAGAUCAAGAAGCGAAAGGGCGUCAUCGCGUUCAUCAAGAUCUUCCCCGUGUUCUCCUCCGCUAUUGAGAACAUGCUCCCCUCGUACGACGAUCGUGAACGACUCGAUGCGCGGACUAUGGUCGACGAAGCGUACCAGAAGUUGAACAAGGCCAUGUUCGACAGCUUGCGCAUCAUCGCCAAGGAAAGUCCCGGAGCGGCGGUCGGUCAAGGCGUCCACAACCAAGGCAUAGGUGACCCGGAAGACAAAGAGGCGCUCAAUUACCACAUCCUGCUGAUCGAGAACAUGAAUCACUACGUCGAGGAAGUCGACGUCAAGCGCAGCGCGGUCCUCUCCGAAUGGGGCGAACGAGCGGAACGGGAGAUGGAAGAGCAUCUUACCUUAUAUCUGGAUGCUGUGAUUCGGCGGCCGCUCGGGAAGGUUUUGGAUUUCCUUGAAUCCACUGAAUCCCUCCUCUCCACUCUCUCCACACCUCCCACUUCCAUCGCCACCCGCUCCUCCCACUCCCAACACGUUUUCCGGAAGCUCCUCGCUGCGUACGAUAACAAAGAACUCCGCCGUGGUGUCGACGUGCUGAAAAAGCGGGUCGAGAAGCAUUUCGGCGAUGCGGAUGAGCCUGGACUGAGUCGGCCGCUGGUUGACAAGGUGCUCAAGGCGUGCUUAGGCAGAUAUGUGGACACGGUGGAGCGGGUUGAGAAGGUGCGGAGAGAUGUGUACGAAGGGGAUAUGGAGGAACAGUUCUGGAAGGUGGAUGAGGUGACGGCAGCGUUUCGGAGGUAGGGCGGGAGUGGAUGACCAGUGAAUGAGGGGCAUCAAAAACGGGUAUAGCACGGGUUGGCGUUGGCUACUACAGCAUAAUCUACUUCGUUGUAUACUUUCUGUGGAUAAUUUGGAACGGUCCCAGUCUGGGCGAUAUUGACCACUUGAUAGUUACCGUCAAGCGGAAAAUCCGACUAUUACUGGACCAGAUUUGAUCUCGAUUUCUUCACUGCUGCGAACAUAACGCGACGGGAAACCAAUGCUUCACCAUUCUCCAUUAUACGAGCUUCCAUAAGUACCUAGAAGAUCGCCAGCGCAUUUGGCGGAGACCCAACC